ACUGACAGAUAGGCUGUUUGUCGGUCGGGACUGGGGGUAGUCUAUCUCGGAAAUAAUCUGCCCACGCGUUUAAGCUUCUUUAUCCCAGCCGAUCCUCAGACUGCUGCAACUCCACACUUGGGAGUGCCAGAAAAGAAAAAGUGACACAGGUCACACUGAAGGGGAGAAAUUUGGAGUGUGAAUCAGGACUUUGCGCUCGCUGUGUGAAACCCAUGAGCAGACGCUGGUGCUGAAGCUGUGUCUCUGUCUUUUUUGUUUUUUUUUAUUUUUAAUUCUAAGAGCCAAGAGGAGGUAAAGAAGUUCACUCUGGGAAUUUAAACACGGAGAAGCUGGAAACGGUGGUCCGGACAUGGAACAAGCUGGACUUUGGAUAUUCUUUAUGACUACUUGUGUUAUUUCAGAAAUAAACGGGCAGAGAGUGGAAAUGGAUGACGGAAAGUCCGGAUAUGUUGGCUCAAAGGUGGAUCUUCGCUGUCGGUUCAUCAACAGUAACCCACCUGUCAAAAUCUCCCAGGUAACAUGGCAGAAACUAGUGAACGGCUCCAAGCAGAAUGUGGCAAUCGCAAAUCCAUCCCUGGGUGUGUCUGUGGCUCCUCCUUACAGGGACCGUGUCACCUUCAAGAAUGCGGCAGUCAGACGACGAACUCCGACAUUGGAGGACACAACCAUCAGCUUUUCUUCGCUCCGCCUCUCUGAUGAGGCCACUUACAUCUGUGAAUACACUACGUUCCCCGCAGGAAACAGAGAGAACACCGUAAACCUCACCGUCUACGUCCGCCCAACAACUCAGAUGAGUUUGUCCACACCGACGCUGGUGGCUCGUUCAUCAAAUCUAAAAACUCCAGUGGCCACUUGCAUCUCUGCCAAUGGAAAGCCACCUGGCACUAUUAGGUGGGAGACAAGGGUGCCUGGAGAAGUGACCACCAGAGAGUACAUAAACUCAGAUGGGACCUUCACUGUUCAGAGCGAUUACAUUUUAGUGCCCAGCAAGGAAACCCACAGGGAGACACUGACCUGUGUCACCACUUACAACGAGGAGGUCUACACGGACAGUGUCACUCUCGAUAUCCAGUUUGAACCCGAUGUUAUGAUUGAAGGGUUUGAUGGAAACUGGUAUCUGAACAGAGAGAACGUCCAGUUGAGCUGCCAAGCUGAAGCCAAUCCAGCCGUCUCUCUGUACCAAUGGAGACUGAUCAACAGCUCCAUGCCAAGCAACAUCGAAAUCCGAGACAAUGUCCUCUUGUUUAAAGGGCCUGUCACAUAUAAUGUCCAAGGAACAUACGUGUGUGAUGCGACCAACAGCAUCGGGACAAGUUCUGCCUCUGUUGAAGUCAGCAUUUUAGAAAAGCCCCUGCCUCAGAUUGCAACAGGAGAUGUCAUCAGUGUAAUUGCCUUAUUACUUGCUGCUGGAGUGCUGAUGGGCAUUACUAUCACUGUACUGGUCCUCAAAAUAAGAACUAGAAAAGACAGCCCCUCAGGUGACUCACCAUCCAGAAAACUGUCUCAGCCAAUCAGAAAAAGACCAGAUGAUAUUCAGCAUGCUGGACGGUUUUAUGAGGAACUUCCAAACACAGCCGACUAUGUGAGCUACAGACUUGCCUGUAACAAGGAGGACUAUCCGGAACCUUAUUCCCCACCGAUCAACCCUCCUCUCUCGUUUCUUCCUCAGCAGCCCUACCACUCCUCACAAACCAUGACUGCUUUGGGCACCAGCAGUGCCAGCACCCCGUCAAAAAACACCUUUGCUCCUCCUACACACACCACAGCCAUCUUUAAAUAUCCCUCUGUGCCGGGUUUGUCAUCUCCUCCGCCUGGAGUGGGGCCGUAUACUUUUCCUAAAGAACAGUAUGUUUGAUGGGGCAUCUUGUCACAAGCUCAAACUUCAUAAACCUGAACAUAUCUUUAGAAAAGGUUUGGAGAAGCUUUUUUGAAGCAAGCCGGACUAUCAGGCAGCAUCUCUGCACUAUGGAAGUCUGAGGACACUGAACAUUUUGUUGCUGGACUUUUACAAUGAUUUCACUUACUUGUUCUGUCUUUCUUUGUCUUAACUGAAUGUUGAAAUGGAAUCUUGUUAUCCAUAAUUGACGUUUAGCCUAGAGAACGCCAAUUUCAAUAAAUUAUGCUAUUGACUAUAUGAACAUUUUAUUUAAACAAGAUAAAGGGAUUACAUUGUUGUUGUUUGUUCUCCUUACUUUAUCCACAUCAACAUUAUUUUAUAUAUAAAAAAAUUUUUUAAACAUUUAGCAGCAAUUUACAUGAAUUACUUUUUCUUUCAUUUCUGGUGGUACACUGUUUUCCUGUUGUACCCAAAUAAAUCCUUUUAUGUAAGGUUUUGGUGUUGUCUCAUGGUCUACCGUACUUCUGUGCUUGUAUUUUGUAUCUUUUAUGUUUUUUUCUUUGUAAUGAAAAGAAAAAACAACUUUCUAUUCCCAGGGGGCUUGUGAAAGUGAUGUAUGUUGAUGGUAUCUGUUGUUUUUGGAUGAAUGUUGAAAAUUUUAGCAAAUAAAUAAAAAUGAUCACAUAAACAAUUUA